AUGAAGACCUUCCUCAUCUUUACCCUCCUUGCCAUGGUGGUAACCAUUGCCACCGCCAAUGAGCAAUUUCAACAUAGUUGCCAAUAUCAACCUCAACAACCAUUUCCUUGGCAGCAAUAUCCAUUUCCUGGGCAACAAACACCCUUUCCCGGGCAACAACAACCAUUUCCUGAGCAACAACAACCAAUUCCCGACCAACAAAAGCAAAUUCCUGGGCAACAACUUCCAUUUCCCGGGAUACAACAGCUAAUUCCAGGGCAACAACAGCCAUUUCCCGACCAACAACAACCAUUUCCCGGCCAACAAUUUCCAUUUCCAUUGAUACAACAGACUUUUCCCGGGCAACAUCAACCAUUUCCUGACCAACAACAGCCAUUUCCUGGGCAACAACUUCCGUUUCCCGGGCAACAACAACUAAUUCCUGGGCAACAACAACCAUUUCCCGACCAACAACAGCAGAAUCCUGGGCAACAAUUUCCAUUUCCCGGGCAGCAACAACCAUUUCCCGGGAAACAACAGCUAAUUCCUGGGCAAUUACAACCAUUUCCCGACCAACAACAACAUAUUCCUGGGCAACAACAACCAUUUCCCGGGCAACAACAACCAUUUUCCGGCCAACAACAGUUAUUUCCUGGACAACAACAACAACCAUUUCCCGACCAACAACAGCAGAAUCCCGGGCAACAAUUUCCAUUUCCCGGGCAGCAACAACCAUUUCUCGGGAAACAACAGCUAAUUCCUGGGCAACAACAGCCAUUUCCCGACCAACAACAACCAUUUCCCGGCCAACAAUUUCCAUUUCCAUUGAUACAACAGACUUUUCCGGGCAACAUCAACCAUUUCACGACCAACAACAACCAUUUCCUAGGCAACAACUUCCGUUUCCUGGGCAACAACAACUAA